UCCAGGGAAUAGCCCCUGGUUUUAGUUUUUUCCGCUGUGUUUCUUCAUUUAUACUCAGUAAUAACAUACAAUUUAACUAACCCCCUCAACUCCAACAUCAUCAAACAUUAACAUAGUCUAGAUAUUUAAGCACCAGAUCAUAGUUUUUUCCAGUUGAAAGAGAAAAAGGUGAUUUCAAUUUGCAGUUGUUGUUAAUCCUAAGGAUGAGGAUUGAGAAAAAUGUGAGUGAACCAAGAGGAAGGGAGUAUAGCGAUUCGAAGAAGAAUCGGAGAAGACAGAGGAUGAUUUCCCCGGUUCAAAGACUUUAUGAAACUUGCAAAGAAACCUUUGCUAAUUGUGGUCCUGGUGUUGUACCAUCUGCAGAAAAGAUUGAACGUCUCAAGGAAGUUUUGGAUACCAUGGCUGCAGCAGACGUUGGCUUGAGACCGAACAUGCCAUACUUUAAGUCAACAAGAUAUGACAGACCUCCUACAAUAACGUACCUGCACCUCCAUGAGUGUGAUAAAUUCUCGAUUGGUAUCUUCUGCUUGCCCCCAUCAGCUGUCAUUCCACUUCAUGAUCAUCCUGGAAUGACUGUUUUUAGUAAGCUUCUUUUUGGAGAAAUGCACAUUAAGUCGUAUGACUGGGUGGACAACCUCCCUGCUGAACCAACACCAGUUGCUAAGCCUUUAGAUAAUGGAGUUGGGGAAUCUACUACUGGAAUUCGUCUAGCAAAAGUGAAGAUGAAUUCAGCGUUUAGAGCUCCUUGCAAGACCUCUAUCUUAUACCCAGCUGAUGGUGGUAAUAUGCAUUGUUUCAAAGCAAAAACAGCCUGCGCCGUGCUAGAUGUGCUUGGCCCUCCCUAUUGUGAUCCUGAAGGUCGCCACUGUCAAUACUACUAUGACUUCCCGUUUUCAAGCAUCUCUGGUAACUGCAACAGAAAAGAGAGGAAUCCUUCAAUAUGAUAAUUGAGGUUUCAACGUGAAAAACGAGUUUAGAAGAUCACGUAAUGUACAGCAAUAAUUGAACUUGGCAGUAUCCUCCUGUAGUAAUCCAGCUACACUACUUUUUUAGCUGAUUGAGAUCAUAUGUCUGUUGAAUGAGCAAUUUUUUGUAAAAUCAUUGUACGAUCCCAUACCUCACUCGUGGGAUUACACUAGAUAUAUUGUUGUUCAUUGAACAAUUGUCGGUUAUAAAAAAAAGUUGCAGUUUCGAUGAAGUGAUGAUUAGUAGGGGAGUACUUGUUAUUUUAAUAUUUUAAAACCUGUAGUCUUUCCUCACAUAUGUGUCAUUUGAGAUAACUAUGAUAGAUCCUUCUAGGUUUUGUGGAAACAACUAAUGCUACACGUUUCAUUUUUCUCUACCCUACGACAGGGACUCAAUACCAAUCUUUUCUAUCAUACUGAUGUUACUAAUUUUUACUUUGUUCUCCGAAGAUGGCGGAGCUAGAAAUUUAUACAAAGGUCAACAAUUAUUUUUACUUUGUUCUCCGAAGAUGGGGAGCUAGAAAUUUAUACAAAGGGAAUCAACAAUUAUUGAGUGUAAAUCAUUAGGUCUUUUUGGUAAUGUAUGAAUAAGUUGACACUCUAAUAAUGUCUAAUGAAAAAAGGAGAAAGAUAUGUACAUUGGCCAAUUACGAGAAGACAAGUAGUAAUUAUUGAAAACGACCAAAUCCAAAUUUCUAAUUAAAAUUACAAUUGAGACAAAUCAUGUGUCAUACUCUACAGAAACUUUUGAGUUGUCUUUAUAAACCAUUUACUGAAAGUAUUUUUUUAAAAAACUAAAAUCUUGUCAAACUGUACAGCAAAAGCUCUCUCUCUCUCUUUAGUUGAAGUAUUAGAGAAGAAGUAGAAAAAUGGAUGCACCACAAUAUCAAGAGAUGUCUUAUGUUGAGCAUGUCAAACGUCGACGCGAGGAAAAAG